UGGAAUAUCCCAGUCUGAACCGGUUUCAACCGGUCUCGGGUUUGUUUGAUGCACGAGCUGAGAGAAGAGCUGGUUUUCAACAGACUCUUUCCAGGCUUUACGUGGUUUUUUUGUUUGUUUGUUUGUUUCUUUUUUCCUGACAUAGAUCCAACAAAUAAACUAACGUCCUGCUUUCAUUUGUGAUUGAGACCAGGGAAUGCUGGCUAGCAAAGAUAGCAUAGCAACUCCAGGCAUUAUAACCAGUGACAUUAGCUAGCUAGCUAGUUAGCACUUAGGCUAAGUUGUACCAGGGGUCACGCGAGCUGUCUCUGGAUUCGGAUUAAUCGCUUAAAGGGAUUUAUUCAGUGUUAGCAAAAUAGUUUUUUUGGAGUAAUUAACGUAUAUGAUUAAUCCGAUCAAUUAAAAGCAACUCGCUGGUUUAUUUAUGUAGCUGGUUAUCAUCACGUUGUGCGUGUGGAUCAAGUUCAUUGGUUCUGUUCAGCAGCUAGCACAUUGCUAACGCGUCACCAUGAGAUAAACGGACUCGUGUGACUUUUUUUGCGGUUUAUUUAAAAAAAAUUGCACAAAAAAACCCAUUAUUAAAGCGAAUCGCAGCAGAUUACAGGCUCGAGCAUCAUUUCAACGCGAAGAGGAGUGUGUGUUAAAAAAGCAGCUCUAUGCCAGCAGAUAUGACAAUGUUAGCCGACCAUACAGCCCGGCAGCUGCUGGACUUCUCUCAGAAACUGGACAUCAACCUGCUGGACAACGUGGUCAAUUCCAUGUACUACGAUGUCGGCUCUCAGCAACGGCUGGCACAGGAAGUCCUGACUAACUUGAAGGAUCACCCGGACGCAUGGACCAGAGUGGACACCAUCUUGGAGUUCUCUCAGAACAUGAAGACCAAAUACUACGCCCUUCAGAUUUUGGAAACUGUUAUUAAAACACGCUGGAAAAUUCUACCGAGAAACCAGUGUGAAGGAAUUAAGAAAUACGUGGUGGGCCUGAUUAUCAAGACGUCCUCAGAUCCUUCUGUGGUCGAGAAAGAAGGAGUUUACCUGGCAAAGCUGAACAUGAUCUUGGUGCAGAUUCUGAAGCAGGAGUGGCCAAAGCACUGGCCCACAUUCAUCAGCGACAUCGUGGGAGCGAGUCGUACGAGCGAGAGCCUCUGCCAGAACAACAUGAUCAUCCUAAAGCUGCUCAGUGAGGAGGUGUUCGACUUCUCCAGUGGACAGAUGACCCAGGUCAAAGCCAAGCACCUGAAAGACAGCAUGUGCAAUGAGUUCUCCCAAAUUUUUCAGCUUUGCCAGUUUGUCAUGGAAAAUUCACAGAAUGCUCCAUUGGUCCACGCCACACUGGAGACCCUCCUGCGCUUCCUGAACUGGAUUCCACUGGGCUACAUUUUUGAGACCAAACUCAUCAGCACCCUGGUUUACAAGUUUCUGAACGUUCCGAUGUUUCGAAACGUAACUCUGAAGUGUCUAACGGAAAUCGCUGGUGUCAGCGUCAAUCAGUACGAGGAGCAGUUUGUCAACCUUUUCACCCUCACCAUGAUGCAGCUCAAACAGAUGCUGCCUCUGAACACGAACAUCCGUAUGGCCUACUCAAACGGGAAAGAUGAUGAACAGAACUUCAUCCAGAACCUCAGCUUGUUCUUGUGCACUUUCCUCAAAGAGCAUGGGCAGCUGAUUGAGAAGAGGCCCAACCUGCGGGAAACACUUAUGGAGGCCCUCCACUACAUGCUGCUUGUGUCAGAGGUGGAGGAGACCGAGAUCUUCAAGAUCUGUCUGGAGUACUGGAACCAUCUGGCAGCCGAGCUGUACAGAGAGAGUCCGUUCAGCACCUCCACCUCACCGCUGCUCUCUGGCAGCCAGCACUUUGAUGUGCCUCCACGUCGACACCUCUACCUGCCUGUACUCUCCAAGGUGCGUCUCCUGAUGGUCUGCCGCAUGGCUAAACCAGAGGAGGUACUCGUGGUGGAGAACGAUCAGGGUGAGGUGGUGAGAGAGUUCAUGAAGGACACUGACUCGAUCAACCUCUACAAGAACAUGAGAGAGACUCUUGUGUACCUGACCCAUUUGGAUUACGCGGAUACGGAGAGGAUCAUGACUGAGAAGCUCCAUAACCAGGUGAAUGGGACAGAGUGGUCCUGGAGGAACCUGAACACGCUGUGCUGGGCCAUCGGAUCCAUCAGUGGAGCCAUGCACGAGGAGGACGAGAAACGGUUCCUCGUCACAGUCAUUAAGGACCUGCUGGGGCUGUGCGAGCAGAAGAGGGGGAAAGACAACAAGGCCAUUAUCGCCUCCAACAUCAUGUACAUUGUAGGGCAGUACCCACGGUUCCUCCGUGCCCACUGGAAGUUCCUCAAGACUGUUGUCAACAAGCUGUUUGAGUUCAUGCAUGAGACACAUGACGGUGUGCAGGACAUGGCGUGUGACACCUUUAUCAAGAUUGCUCAGAAGUGUAGGAGGCAUUUUGUUCAGGUGCAGGUCGGGGAGGUCAUGCCCUUCAUCGACGAGAUCCUUAAUAACAUCAACACCAUUAUCUGCGACCUGCAGCCCCAGCAGGUACAUACGUUCUACGAGGCGGUAGGAUACAUGAUUGGUGCUCAGACAGACCAGGCAGUGCAGGAGCACCUGAUAGAGAAGUACAUGCUGCUGCCCAACCAGGUGUGGGAUAGCAUCAUCCAGCAGGCCACCAAGAAUGUAGACAUCCUGAAGGACCCGGAGACGGUACGUCAGCUCGGCAGCAUCCUGAAGACCAACGUGAGGGCGUGUAAGGCUGUGGGUCACCCGUUUGUGGUGCAGCUUGGGCGCAUUUAUCUAGACAUGCUCAACGUCUACAAGUGUCUGAGUGAGAACAUCUCUUCUGCUAUCCAGUCCAAUGGUGAGAUGGUGACAAAGCAGCCUCUGAUCAGGAGUAUGCGGACGGUGAAGAGAGAAACCUUGAAGCUCAUCUCUGGCUGGGUCAGCCGUUCAAACGAUCCCCAGAUGGUCGGCGAGAACUUUGUCCCCCCUCUGCUCGAGGCCGUGCUGAUUGACUAUCAGCGGAACGUCCCCGCUGCUCGAGAACCUGAAGUACUCAGCACUAUGGCAACCAUCGUCAACAAGCUCGCAGCCCACAUCACCGCAGAAAUCCCCAAGAUUUUCGACGCUGUGUUUGAGUGCACCUUGAAUAUGAUCAACAAGGACUUUGAAGAGUUCCCUGAGCACAGGACAAACUUCUUCUACCUGCUGCAGGCGGUGAACUCCAACUGCUUCCCUGCUUUUCUGUCCAUCCCGCCGGUGCAGUUCAAACUCGUGCUGGACUCCAUCAUCUGGGCCUUUAAGCACACCAUGAGGAACGUAGCAGACACUGGUCUGCAGAUUCUCUACACCAUGCUCCAGAACGUGGCGCAGGAGGAAGCUGCAGCUCAGAGCUUCUAUCAGACGUACUUCUGCGACAUCCUGCAGCACAUCUUCUCCGUCGUCACCGAUACGUCCCACACGGCAGGUUUGACGAUGCACGCCUCCAUCCUGGCCUACAUGUUUAACCUAGUUGAGGAGGAUAAAAUCAGCAUAACCCUGAACGCAGGCAGCCCUAUUAACAAUCAAUCCUACGUGGAGGAAUAUGUGGCCAACCUGCUGAAAACAGCCUUCCCACACCUACAAGAUGCACAGGUGAACGUAUUCGUGACUGGUCUGUCCAGCUUGAAUCAGGAUAUUCCCGCCUUCAAAGAACACCUUCGGGACUUUUUGGUGCAGAUAAAGGAGUUUGCCGGCGAGGAUACGACCGAUCUGUUCCUGGAGGAGCGAGAGGCGUCACUGCGUCAAGCUCAGGAGGAGAAACUCAAACUCCAGAUGUCUGUGCCAGGAAUCCUCAAUCCUCACGAACUCCCGGAGGAAAUGUGCGACUGAGCAUCAUGUGUUUUCUUUUGUUUGCUUGUUUUUUUUGUUUUUUUUUGGGGACACAGGAAAGAACCAAACCGUGAACAAAAGUGUGUGUGUGUACAUACAGAGAGAUUGCUGAGUAGGAUGAAGAUGGAAGAGGAGUGUAAAAUUUCCACCAAAUCGACUCCCAAAUAUCCAUCACGCCACCCGAGUCCCCGCCCACUUUUCUUUUUCAAGUGUGUGUGUGUUUUAUAAGGAGAAAACUGAUGCACUGUAAUUACUCCAAUGUUUAAUGAGUUGUGUGGUUUUUUUUUUUUAAGUUUGCUCUAACAAAAUAUACACAUAUCGGAGGACAGUUUAAGCCCCGCCUCUUUUCGGCUCUUCUCGUCCAUUUGUUAAUUUGUAAAAUAGAUAAAUUAGCGCAGGUUAAUGAAGAGAUGGAAGGGAGAGGAGCGACCUACAGAAAGAGGAAAUGGUUUGCUAAAGACUGGCACAGCAAUUGAAUGUGAUGGAUGACGUUCAGAAUUGAAAGAUGCUGCUCUUUUCUUCAUCUUUUUUUUUUUUUUUGCUUUAUAUUGUUGUUUUGAUUUUAUUUUAUUUUUUUUCAGCUUUGCUUCCAAUUUCUUUUUGGGCUCAUGGUUUGUGUUUUUCGGGGUUGGGAGGGAUCUGGAGGCGGCUCUGUUCCGGGUUCUAUCUCUGCGGUCGUCCAGAACGAAACGGAUUCAAAGCAGAUCAUGCAAACGAUGAUGAAGGGUUUGUUCAUAUCGUCCUGUUUAUAACAGUGUCUUAGUACUAUGGGAACAUAAAGUUGGAUAUUUUUACAAAAAAGAAAAAAAAAAACCUUUUGUCUCUUGAUUAUUUAUUGUACAGAUUAUUUUCCCUGAAAGUGGAAUUCAAUACAGCUAUUUCAACAUGUUACAGGAGCGUUGUAUUACUUUUAUUUUGGUUAAGUAGUACUUCCAAAAAAUAUUGGUACAUGCUGUCAUCUUCCUGCUUGUAGAGGAUCCUCAAAUGAGUUUGUGGAUUUUCAUUAAUGGGUUUUUUUUUUUUCGUUUACGUUUGGUGUCCUGUAAUCAUGCCAGUGAACGUAUAACUGAGUUCUUGUGCUUCGACCUCAAUGCACCGCGUCUUCAUGUAGGGGUAUGGUCAUGAUCAGGUUCGGGUCUUUCAGCAGUAACAGUUGGGGGUGCAUAUACUUUUGGUCAUGUUUAGUGUAUGCUUGUGGUCAUUUUCUUAUAUGACCACCUUUUAAGAAGGAAAUCAGGCAUAAGGGCUGGAUGCCAAAAUCUCCAAAACGAGCCACCAGGUGUCGCUGAUCACCACAUUUACUCUUGAGUCUAAGUCUGAGGGCUUUUCUUUAUUUGCAGCCCCAGGCUUCUAUUUAUUUUUCUUUAAACCAAACAGCCUAAUGCCACGGUAGGAAGCUGUGGUCUCGUCUAACCGCGUUAUUACAGCUGAUGGGUUUCAAUCGC